GUUACAAUGAGUUACGGUCUUAUGGUUUUCCCCCUCCAGCAUACACUGUCGACAGGCAAUGGGCCAGUUUUGCGAGCACUCAACUCAACCUAUGUGAGACCAUGGGUGACAAAUCCAUGGUAUCUCAGAAAGAAGAAAAGGCCCUCUCCCGAUGCAGACAAAGUCAAGUCAGCUCUGGACGACGUGGCUGAUCCCGAACUACCAAGUGGCGAUUCCAAGAGAGACGGUGGAUGGGUCAAUGUGGAGCGACUACUCAAGCAUCCGCUACUUAGUCAGGUCAAGUUCAAGACGCUUGAAGCCAUGGCGGCCAAAACCGGCUCGUCAAUAGACCCAGAGUUUGAGCUUGUGCACGAGCCAAGAGGCGCAGGAAUGACGUGGUGGUUCAGGCGUUCUCCAGAGCGAGGCGUGUCGCACGUUAUGGAAACCGGUUUCUUGAAGCCAACCUCGUUGCAUUGGAAGGGAACAGUUGCGAUACAUGGGACAACUGAAGAAGCCUGGGAGAAGAUUCGAAACGAAGGCAUAUCGUGCAUGGGCAAGGGACUCAUCUCAUUGGGGCUAUAUGCCCACGGUGCGAUAGUGGCUGGAAUGAACCAUCCUUCACCAAUCCUGGUCUAUAUCGAUGUGCAGAAGGCAUGGAAGAAUGGAAUCAAGAAACAAGCUGGGGAUCCUGUCGACAACGUAUUUCACUCGGGCUGUCCAAAUCCGGAUAGGGGUGGAGGAAUCAGUAAAUUGAUGGGAUCAAAAUCGCAUACGCGCGCUCGUCACCGCUCGUCGUCACGCAUCAGCAUCGACGCCCAGCUAGUAUAUGGACGCCAGCGCACCAAGCGUGAAAAAGCCGCAGAACGUCAACGAAGAAAGCGAGAACGCGAUAGAUUGCCAAUCGACCCCAUGGCCUCCUUCACCGAUGCACCAGACGUGGCUGCCCACUACCCAGGACCCCAAUAUCUCUCUGCCCCUCCAGCGCCAACACCAAGAGGUGCUCUUUCCGACGACAGUCUAACACCAGACGAAGCAGCAAGACGUGACCGAGUCCGAGCUGCAGCCAGAGAGCGUCAACGAAAACAUAGAGCUCUCGUAAAACAGCGCAAGCUUCGUGAGCUUGGCCUUGAUAUGGGCAAUGAGAUCAUGCCACCUGUGGACGAUGUGGGCGGAGGGGCUGCAAGCGCUGUAUACCGAGUCGAUGCAGAAGGAAAUUACCAGCCCGUUCUUCCUCAUGAACUCCAUCUUCAGCAACUUGUUGCUGCCCAGCCACCGCCACCUCAAGGCGAACCUCCGUUUCCUCAGGGGCCAGUUGCCGGUGGUCAGACAUUUGCCACAACACUGUUGCUCUCUUUCUCUUGCGCGCCGCUCUUGAAGCAGCAUCUUCUUCGCACCCUCAACAUGACAAACGAGGAAUUGGCAUCCCUGGAGCCGAUUAUUGCCGAGGCCUGGGAUCGUUGGGACCAUGCUCGUCGCACUGGUAUACGCUAUGAACACCCAGAAGGUUUCCCUCCCGGCGCUUAUCCGUACCCUCCCGGCGCUGGCGGACCUCCAAAUGGCCCCCCAUCCACCGACGACUUUCGCAACCGAUUCCAACGUGUUAUGACCGUACCUGCGCCAUUCCAAUACCCACCUCAGAACGGCGAAGACGCAAACGGUGAAGCCGAGACUCCAAGUGCUGGCAGCGAGGCCAUCGACCCUCAUCUUGGAGCCAAAGAAGAGCCCACGAAAGACGAGCCGUAG